GGAGCCCCGCAGUCGCUGCACAGCGCGCGAGCCGGCCGCACGUCGGCGUCAGUGAGUGUGUGUGAACCAGUCAGUGGAGGCGCACGCCGCCCGGCGGGUCGUCGACCGAGCAUGAGCGCUCGCCGCCGCCGCGUCCUGUCUUCUCCGGGAUCCCCGUCCAGUCGCCACCGCUAAGGCGAUGCGAGGGUGGUGCUUGCGCUGGUGGAGCGGCGGGUCGCGCAGCCGGCUGCGCUGGCUGGCGGCGCUGCUGUGCUGGGGGGCGCUGGCGGCGCUGGCCCUCCCGCGCCUGCAGCCCCUCCCCGCGCGCCGCGUCCCGCAGCCCCCCGCGCGCCUGCUGCUGCAGUCGGAGCCGCAGGCCUCCACGCCCACGCCCACGCCCGGCCCGCCGCAGCCCGCCACCGACACCCGCGUGCUCUCCGAGGACGAGCUGCGCGCCGACCUGGAGCGACGGCUUCCUUCACUUCCCUACGCCUAUUGGCAGAAACACAAAGAUGACAAGAACAAGUUCUUCAAGAAGAAAGACUGCGCUCCGUUCCCAUCCAUUUACGAGCUCCAAUUUCACAACACUUACUGGCAGACCAUGCUCUCCAGCCAGGGCGUGUUCCACUUCUACGGCGCCUACAUGGACGCGCGCAAUACGUCGCGCAUCGGGCCCGCGGUGAGGGUGCUCGCCGUGCACGACCGCAUCAAGCCCACCGUCGUCACCCACUGCCAGCUGUGGUUCGAGGAGCGCGCCGAACCCGUUAUAGUGCGAAAUCUCGAGUACAAGUACGUGUGGAACAACAAGUGGGGCAACUACCGCGACCACGUGCUGCAGCCGUACCUGCUGGCGUGCGUGCUCCCGCAGGAGGUGCGCCACCUGGUGCCGGCUUCAGUGUCCAUCGUAGAGAACGCGUGCGACCGCGCCACCAACAACCUGCGCGUGCACUACGACCGCCCCGACCCCGCUGUCGGCCGCAAGGAGUUCGCCGUCUGUGUCAAGGGACUCGACUUUCUGCACGAGGACUUAUCUGUACGACUAGUCGAGUGGAUAGAACUGAUUAAACUUAUGGGAGCAGAUAAAGUGUUCUUUUACGAAUUGCAAGUGCAUCCGAACAUAACGAAAGUGUUGGACUAUUAUAAGAAUGAAGGUACAGUGACCGUGACACCGAUCACGCUGCCGGGCGGCCAGCCGAACCUGCCCGGACUGCAGCACAUGUACCUCAAGAAGAAGACGACGCACAAGCGUCAGAUGGAGCUGAUCCCGUACAACGACUGCUUGUACCGGCACCUGUACCAGUACCGCUGGCUGGCGCUGCUCGACAUCGACGAGGUGAUCGUGCCGUUGGAAGACCCGGACUGGAGCUCGCUGAUGAAGCGCAUAUUGCCUCUGUCGACUCCGGCAGCGGGCAAACCGCCGCGGACGUCGUACCACGCCUCGAACCUGUACUUCCUGGACUCCCUGCGGCACGAGCACGGCUGGGAGGAGGGCAUGCCGCGCUACAUGCACAUGCUGCAGCACGUUUACCGCACGCGCAACUUCACUAAGCCGGGGCAGUACGUGAAGGCGUUCCACGAGACGGAGCGCGUGCUGGCGCUGCACAACCACUUCCCGCUGGCGUGCCUCGGCGGCGCGUGCUCUUCGUACGCGCUGGAGACGCGGCACGCGCGGCUGCAGCACUACCGCGCCGACUGCGUGACGGCGCUCAGCAAGACGUGCGCGGAGCUGCGCGCGGAGCCCGUGCGCGACACGGCGCUGUGGCGCUGGCGCGAGCCGCUGGUGGCGCGCGCCGAGGCCGUGCUGCGCGCGCUCGGCUUCCUGCCCCCGCACCGGUGACGUCCUGCGAUUCCUACGCUUAGUCCUAAAUGUAUUAAAUGCUAGUAUUAAACGUAUUUUUAUAGUUAAA